AUGCCCUGUCCCAGCUCCUGCCCCCCAGGGCUCUUAGCCCUGAUGGCACCUGGGCUGGCCCUCAUGGCCACCUUCUCGCUGCCUUCCCAGGCUGGGGACAGGAGAGCACUGCCGGUGGAGAAACCUCCAGGUGUGAAGGGAAGAACUCUCAUUCUCCUUGAUGUCAACACCAAGAGCCCUGUCAGGAUAAUCAGUGAGAAUUUCCUCUCCCUGCAGCUGGACCCCUCCAUCAUUCAUGAUGGCUGGCUCGAUUUCUUAAGCUCCCGGCGGCUGGUGACCCUGGCGCGGGGCCUGGCCCCCGCCUUCCUGCGCUUCGCGGGCAAGAGGACGGACUUUUUGCAGUUCCACAACGUGAAGAACCCGGCCAAGAGCCGCGGCGGGCCCGGCCCCGACUACUACCUCAAGAACUACGAGGACGACAUUGUUCGCAGUGACAUUGCCCUGGAUAAGCAGAAAGGCUGUAAGAUCGCCCAGCAUCCUGACAUAAUGUUGGAGCUACAGAGGGAAAAGGCAGCUCAGAUGCACUUGGUUUUGUUAAAGGAGCAGUUUUCAAACACAUACAGCAACCUCACACUAACAGCCAGGUCUCUAGACAAACUCUAUAACUUUGCUGACUGCUCUGGCCUUCACCUGAUCUUUGCACUGAAUGCUUUGCGCCGAAAUCCCAACAACUCCUGGAACAGCUCCAAUGCCCUCAGCCUGCUGAAGUACAGUGCCAGCAAGAAGUACAACAUCUCCUGGGAGCUGGGCAACGAGCCCAAUAACUAUCGGACCCUGAUGGGCCGCUCGGUGAAUGGCAGCCAGCUGGGCAAGGACUACACCCAGCUGAGAAGCCUGCUGCAGCUCAUCCGCACCUAUUCCAGAGCACACCUCUAUGGACCCAACAUUGGAAGGCCCAGAAAGAAUGUUGUUGCUUUCCUGGAAGGGUUCAUGAAAGUGGCUGGUGGCACAGUGGAUGCUGUUACCUGGCAACAUUACUACAUUGAUGGUCGAGUGGCCAAGGUGACAGACUUCCUGAAAACACGGCUGUUAGACACACUGUCAGACCAGAUCAGGAAAAUCCAGAAGGUAGUGAACACGUACACACCAGGGAAGAAGAUCUGGCUGGAAGGUGUUGGCAUGACCUCAGCUGGAGGCAUGAACAACCUCUCCGACUCAUACGCAGCCGGGUUCCUGUGGCUGAACACGCUGGGCCUGCUGGCCAGCCAGGGCAUUGACGUGGUGGUGCGCCAUUCCUUCCUCGACCACGGCCACAACCACCUGGUGGACCAGAACUUCAACCCCUUGCCGGACUACUGGCUGUCCCUGCUUUACAAGCGCCUCAUUGGUCCCAAGGUGCUGGCGAUCCAUGUGGCCGGUCUGCAGAGGAAACCCCGGCCCGGCAGAGUCAUCCGCGACAAGCUCCGGAUCUACGCCCACUGCACCAGCUACCACAAUCACAACUAUGUCCGGGGAUCCAUCACCCUUUACAUCAUCAACCUGCACCGCUCCCGGAAGAAAAUCAAGCUGGCAGGGACGCUGCGGGAUAAGAUUGUCCACCAGUACCUGCUGCAGCCCUAUGGCAAGGACGGGCUCCACUCCAAGUCGGUCCAGCUCAACGGGCAGCCGCUGGCCAUGGUGGAUGACGGGACCCUCCCCGAGCUGAAGCCUCGCCCCCUGCGGGCCGGCCGCACCCUGGUCAUCCCCCCGCUGACUAUGAGCUUCUACGUGGUGAAGAAUGUGAACGCGCUGGCCUGUCGGUACCGAUAGCCUGCGGCCCAGCAGGGACUCGCCAGCCCCGCUCCUGCCCCUGUGCACUGCCCAGGCCACGCUGCCUCCUCGGCAGCCCACGCGGCCUCGCCGUGGGGCCGUGCUGGGCAGCUCCACGCCGUGCCCUCAUCCUCACCCCCAGGAUGUCCUCCCCCUUGGGACCAUCCUGCCCUGUGACCGCAGAGCUCCACGUGCCCUGGCCACCAUCCCGCCAGAGCAGUGCGACAGCCAAUUUGCAGGGCCU